AUGAGCAACGGUAGCGAGUUGCCUGUUACGCACGUCGACUUCGCACCACCCCAGGAAGCCCGGAGACCAAGCCAGCCGCCCUACGACCCUACUGGCAGCAUAGCAGGCUUGCUACAGGUCCCGGGUGCCAACAACGCCAAUCCCGCCGGCAACAACAAGGAGCCCACGCCAGGCUCGUCCGGAACACCGUCGCCAAGCAGGCCCGGAUCCACCCGCGCAUCGUCCAUCAACGCCGCGAAUGCUGCCACCCAAGUCCGCUACGAUGACCCGGACUUCGCGCAUCCUCCCACGCUGAACUACACGCUGCGCUCGCGGAAGAAGAGCAUCUUCUGGUUCUGGUCGUUGAUUAUUCUGGACUGCGUGUGCAUGCCAAUCGCCCUUUACUUCGGUCUCUGGUAUGGCACCAGCCUAUCACACAAUGCCGUCUUCAGUAUCAGCACUGGCCUCCUCGGAACCGUCUCGAUUGUGGAAUACUUUAUCCGCUUCCACAGGCUGUGGAAGAAGGGCUCGACUUGCCGAGUCAUUGGCGCCAAGCGCUUCUAUCUUGAUUGGUUCCACUGGAACCUUUCCACCGCAUGGAUUGCCGUGAUGAUUGAGCUGAUCGUUGGCACCGUCCCGGAAGAACCGCCGAUCCGCCUGCUUGCCAUGCCUGUGCCCAGCAUGGUGUUCGCCUUUGGUGUCGAGAUGCUUGUCAUGGACAUUGCCCGCAUCGCCGGUUACAGGGCGCCGAUGCGUAUCUCCUCACUGCCCAAGGGCUCGCCCUUGCGACCGGGUAUCUACUCGAUCAUCGAGGACAUCUGCGCUGUUGACGGCAGCGGUGGGACAGAGUUCAGACAGCGUCUGAACCUGCGCUACAUGGCCAGCCAUCACUUCCGCCUGAUGCUACACAGGCUCACCCUUUUCUGGGCCUUUGGCGCUUGCGCGGUCGCAGCCCUCACGACUGCUCUCAUCUUCACCAUGCAGAGGGAUGCAGCCUAUGUGAUCGGCUGGGUUGUUCCUUUCCUCUGGGCUGGUAUUUGGGCUGGUAUCACCCUGAUCUGGGUUCAGAAGAGUCUGAAGUUCGAGUACGAGAACUGGGAAGAAGUCAAGUGGAAGGCUUGA